CUUGGAGGGGUGAUUUCAUAGCAUCUCGCAGUCCAUGCUGCUGCUGAGCAAGGGUUUCAAAGCUGGGCUCCUAAUUCCAAGGAAAUGGGAAAUUUAAUGCUUUAGAGACCUUCCCUGAGGCUGGACCUCAUGGUGUUGGUCUCUUGCAAAUGGAGGCAGAGUUAAGCAAACGGCCAUCAUCAGGUGUGAGGGAAGAUGUCCCUGCUGCUUUCAACCUCUUUUGGGAGCUUUCUCAUUGCCCUGUUGACUCCAGAAAUUGUCAUUCUUGAGAACAACUCCAAUUCCUUCCAAUUGAAGGCUCCUAUUCCUAGGUGCCUUCCCACUCAAUCCAUUCUGUGGUUCAAUGAUUCAAUGAAUCAGUCAUAAGGCACUGAAAAAAAUCUCACCUUUUUCCAGCCAGUUUUCCUUCUCUGCUUUUCCCUUAGCUUUUCUCUCUUUGCUCAUCCCUCCUGCCCCCAUUUUCUCUGCAGACUCUGCCUUUGGGACACCAUCACCCACCCCAUGUGAUGGGAUCCCCACUUGUGGUCAAGGAGGGAUCAGACAAAGCCCAUCAGCCACUCUUCCCAUAUAGAUGAAUUACCCCGACUUCCUGUAAGGAUGAAUUAUCCAGACAUUUCCUACAAGGAUGAACACCUAUAAGCAAGGUCCAAGCAGGACUGGGAGCCCCUAUAGCUCUUUUGCAGAAGAGACAGCCAUCCUGAGCCUCUCCUCCUCCUCUCUAUGCUUCACGUUGACCAUUUAUAUAAUUUUUGGUACAGAUUAUGCCCUGUGCUGCAGCUCUACAAGCAUCAUGCAGCUCUGAUCUCCCGUAGCUUCCCCUUGAAUAGAAAUCACAGCAAUUUCAAGGCUGGUUUCAUUUGCAAUCUAGAUGUUUUCUACCUCUAAAGUGAAAAUUUUCUGCCUCUAGCCUGGUGCUGUGCCCUAGGGUUGGCAGCAAUGUGCAGCUGAAACUAGGAUUCUUUGAGCCAGGUGGGCAUUGCCCCACCUGGCUCUAAUUAUAACAGCUCAACAGCUGCUCCUUGCUUAAGCUUCAGUGGCUGCUGGCUUCUUCCAGCCAGAUAAAGUGACCUUAUAUGAUGGGAAAUGUAAAUUUAUAGUAGUGCAGAGAGCCCUGGGGACAGCAGAGAGGUCAGGCACUGCAGAGCUGCAUUUUAUGCCAGCAUAGAGAUUAACAGACCCCAAAACUUCACACUGUGUGUUUUUGGCAUCAAGGCUAUGUGUACUUUUAAAGCGUGGUCGAGGUGUUGGAUUUGCUUCUAUUGUGCACAGUGACAGAUUUAUAUUCAUUAUUUAAAAUUGUAAGCAGGUCUCUUAUAAACAAAACACCCCGCAGCCAGGCAGGUGCAGACAAGUUUGUGGUUCCAGAUGAGGGUGUAUACUUGCAGUUUCCUGGUCUGGAAGAAGCACAGGAACCAUUUCAGCCUUCAGAGCAUGCAGAGAAUGCACUGCAGGCACUGCAAAAUCAUGGUAGAAGACCACAGGACCCUUUGCCAUUACCCCAGAGCCAGGUCGAGCUGGGAUUCUCAUGCUGUAACCAUGCAUGGGGCUCCAAGGAGGAAGAGCUGGGAUGCAGGCUGCUGCCUCCCCACCUUUGAGAUCUUCUUUUGCUGUGAGUUCAGGAGGAAAAAGCCCUUGCUCCGAAGGAAAGCGGUGUUUGGCCAACGCUUGGCAGAGACCAUGGCCUACGAGCAGAAGUUCGGGCAGCAGCAGGUGCCCAUCCUGGUGCAGAAAUGUGCUGAGUUCAUCCGGGAGCACGGGGUGAGCGAGGAGGGCAUCUUCCGCCUCCCCGGCCAGGACAACCUGGUGAAGCAGCUCAGGGAUGCCUUCGAUGCUGGGGAAAGGCCAUCGUUUGACAGGAACACGGACGUGCACACCGUGGCCUCCCUGCUCAAGCUGUACCUGCGAGAGCUGCCCGAGCCCGUCGUGCCCUGGAUGCAGUACGAGGAUUUCCUGCUCUGUGGCCAGACACUGGACGUGGACCAGGAAAAGGGCCACCAGGACCUCCUGAAGCAGCUGUCCCUUCUUCCCCGAGACAACUACAACCUCCUCAGCUACAUCUGCAGGUUUCUAUAUGAAAUACAGCUGAACUCCAGCGUCAACAAGAUGAGUGUGGAUAACCUGGCAACAGUGAUUGGAGUGAACCUCAUCAGACCCAAGAUAGAGGAUCCUGCAACUAUUAUGAGAGGCACAUUGCAGAUCCAGAAAGUGAUGACCGUGAUGAUCAGCGACCACGCAGACCUCUUUCCCCCAUCUAAGGAUGUGCCCCCCUCCCCAACGACCCAACAGAAUGACAAGAAAACCCCCAUCCUGCGCAGCUCCGUGGGCUGGGACUCUGCAGAGGACUCCACAGUGGCCAGGGCAGACAGCUCAGUCCAAAGGCAAAUGAGAGACAGCCCAAAUGCCAGCCGUGCUCCUGGGCUGACUGCGAGCUCACGUGCACCCAGCGAAGAUACUGGCAUGCAACCGUCCAAAGAUACGCUGGGAAUGUGGAAAAUGCAGGCAAGGAAAAGGACUCAGACUUUACCUAACAGAAAAUCCUUCCUGACAACUGCUUCUCCGGGGGAGAAAGGCAGCAGUGACAGGAACGACAUAUUUAACAGCGACUUUUGGAAAGGCUCCACGCAGAGCAACCCGCGUUCCGUGCUCUCCGAAGGACAUAAGAGAACGUUAUCUCACGAUCUUUUCAAGCUGCUCGACCUUCACCGGGCUUCGACUUAUGACAACGUGCCCACCUCCCAAGUGGAAAGCAGGGAAGGCAGCAGCUCUAGCCCCAGUCCUGCCAGCAGCUGCUCUGAUAAGGAGUUCCAGCCCUGCCUCAGCCCCUGCCAUCAGCCCCAGGAACCGGCCAGCCCCGCUGAGAUGUUCCAGCCUGCUCCAGAGAGCAAGGAGUCCCUGCAAAGCAUGGUCCUGAAGCUGCAGAGAGAAAUGGAAGAGCAAAAAGAGACCUAUGAGGAGCAAAUUAAAAGCCUCGAGAAGGAGAAUUACGAUGUUUGGGCCAAAGUGGUGAGGCUGAAUCAGGACAUUGAGAGGGAGAAGAAGAAGUCUGAGGACCUGGAGCUGAAGCUGAAGAACAUGGAACGCUUGCAGGAGGACUUGGAGAAGAAAAACAAGAUGCUUGAGGAGGAGAUAGAAACCAUUGCUAAAUCCAGGAGCAAAAGCGAUGCCAAAACCAUCUAGGAGAAGACACCCAGCUGUGUGCAAACAUAAAAUGCAGCUGCACGAAUCCAAAGGAAUUGCCAAGCAGGACUAGAGUCAGGGACUUGUAUUGUCCAGCGUCCUGCUACCGGCUGUGGGCUUGUGUGGAGGAAGGAGCCUGGAAUUUAGAGGCUGGUUUAUGCUCUGAAACAGGAAAUUUCCAAAAUACUGUUUAGCUUUUUUCUUGUGUGUUUGUUUUUUUUUUCCAACUCCUCUUUCAGCUGCUCGAGUUACCUGUAGAACAGGCCAAUACUUCUUGCUGCUCAAUCAGAAUAUCUUGCACACACACACAAAAAAAAACCCAAAGCAACAAGAGUCCUUCCUGCCAGCUGGCUCUGUACUGGAGACACCAGCAGUGGAACAGAACAUCCCUAAAUCCUGGAUCUGGGGAAAUGGAAAAGCCCCAAGGUCUUGGGUGGCACAGCUCGUCUUAGAGCAUGCCUGGAUGCUGGGCUGCAGAUGCUGUCAGCAACACAACUGAGACAUUUGCAUCAACACAUGCUCUUGGCUAUUGCUCUUAUAGAGCAAGAGAAGCCCAGACAGCUCGUUGGGUCCACUGGGAAACCUCGUGCCCCAUCACUCAUUGUGCUUUGCAAGACUCAUCGAUGUCAAGGCUGUGAAAUCACAAAAAUCACCACAACUUCUUCAGUUAAAUUGCUGUUCGGUUAUUUUAAGCCGCCGAUCCUUACAGCCAUGUGUAUAUAAACCCAACAUGGUUGCUGUCGAGGCUUCGGAGUUUCACAUAUCCAUCCACGGAGCUCUUUGUCUUUCGUUAUUUCAUCAGGAUUCUCUUGGCCAUCUUGGUGGAAACCUGGAUUUGCAACCCAGCGACGACGCGUGGUCUCUGCCCAUCACUUGCUGCCGUCAACCUAAGGACUAAUCAGUGUGGCUAAUUGUAAACGUGUCGCUUUGGCUGCUUGCUUUCAUGCUGCCUGCCAAUGAGUCGCCCUUCCUGCAGGACCAUGAUGCUGCUGAAGCUUUCGGUGUACGAAAAAUAGAACAAGGCUCUGAAACUUUUCGCUCAUUGGUGUUCAGAAGGGCGAUCCACAGCACACAGCCUUAGCCCAGCAUUUGUGGCUACAGAAAGGGGAUCAGCAGGAGUUCCCAGCAAAGACUUGUAGGACUAAAUGCACUCUUCUGUGCCAAGCACGAUGGAGUGAAUGCAAAUGAAUUGCUGUUACUGAGGACUCAAAGUGAAAGUUCAGCUCGAGAGAGGCUGCAGGCCUGCUUGGCAGAGGUCUGCAAAAAAAAAAAAAAAGACUGCAGAGAGAAAGAGAUGCAAAAGAGACUGUGAAAAGAGAAAGAUGGGAGUGGGAAAAUGUUCAUAGAGAAUUAAAGUCAAUAUUGGGUGUAUAGCACUUGCUGCAUGGGAGUUCUGUAGCCCUAAAGCUGACAACUCCUUAGGCUCGAGCUCAGAGAUAGUGCGUGUAUUGAAUCUGUGCUUGCUUAGCUGUGAUUGGAAAAUCCAGGUAAAGGAAAUGUUUGUAAGAGUUGAGCUGCAUUUAGAAGCCUGACCCAUAAACAGAACAUUCCCAUGAUAA